AUGUCCCUGAGAGCGUGUGGCUUGAUCAUCUUCCGAAGACGCCUUGUUCCCAAAUUAGACAACAGUGCAGUUGAAUUUCUACUGCUGCAGGUGUCGGAUGGCAUUCAUCACUGGACUCCUCCCAAAGGCCAUGUGGAACCAGGAGAGAAUGACUUGGAAGCAGCUCUGAGGGAGACCUGGGAAGAAACGGGCAUAGAAGCAGGCCAACUGACUAUCAUUGAGGGGUUCAGAAGGGAGCUCAAUUAUGUGGCCAGGAAGAAGCCUAAAACAGUCAUCUACUGGCUGGCAAAGGGGAAGGACUAUGAUGUAGAGAUCCACCUCUCCCCCAAGCACCAGGCCUACCGCUGGCUGAGGCUGGACGAAGCCUGCCAGUUGGCUCAGUUCAAGGAGAUGAAGGAAGUGCUCCAAGAAGGACACCAGUUUCUCUGUUCCACAGCAGCUUGAGCUGACAGGAGCCAGAGUCAUUUGGCUUUU